UCAGAGCACCCGAGGUAUUGGAUGUCUGCGGUGACGCCAUGGCAGCCGAUGAUAAAGUUGCCAUUUUAACAGAUGACGAAGAGGAGCAGAAGAGGAAGUAUGUGCUUGCCGACCCUUUCAAUGGCAUCGCCAAGGAUGCAGCCCCACAGCCCCAGAGCGAGUCCCCUUCGACAGAGACGACCACUGCGCCGGAUGAAGAGCUGGACUGGCUGGAAAAGCACUGUGUCAAAAUAAACAACGACCUUCUGAUCUCCAAAGUCUUCUAUUUCUUCUUCUACGCUGCAUAUGGCUCGCUCUACCCCUUGCUGCCCGUGUACUACAAGCAGCUGGGCAUGUCGCCCAGCCAGAGUGGCCUUCUGGUGGGCAUCAGGUACUUCAUCGAGUUCUGCAGCGCUCCCUUCUGGGGGGUGGUGGCAGAUCGCUUCAGGAAAGGGAAGAUUGUCCUUCUCUUUUCCCUGCUCUGCUGGGUGUUGUUUAACCUGGGCAUUGGGUUCGUUCGGCCGGCCACGCUGCGGUGCGUGCCAAAGGGCCUCCCCCCGGCGCAUCCUACCAACGCGAGCGGCCACGCGACAACAGCGCUGCAGAACGCCUCGCUUUCCCCGCCAACAAUCCCAGCAAGUUCCGCAGCCCCGAAAGUCCGCGGGAGGAGAGACCUCUUCACCCCCAACCCGGUCGCUUUGGAAACGACAGGGCCAGCUCGUCCUGAGAUCACAUUCCUGUUACCUACGCAGAGCGUUGACCUGGAGUUUGCCUUGGAAAACAGUACGCAUGUGAUGUCAAAAAACACCACCGCGAGCCCGGCCUUGCCGGGAAAUACAUCUCAGAGCAGCACUGCCGCUGCGAGCACCACAAAGCCGAUGUCCUCAGAGCAAGCCAUGCUCGUCUAUGAUCAUCAAGAAGUAGAAGCCAUCUUCCUCCUCAUCCUGCUCGUCGUCAUCAUCGGAGAGUUUUUCAGUGCCUCGUCCGUCACUAUCGUGGACACGGUGACUCUGCAAUACCUCGGCAAGCACAGGGACCGCUAUGGACUGCAGCGAAUGUGGGGCUCCCUGGGCUGGGGGCUAGCCAUGCUCUCCGUGGGAAUUGGCAUCGACUAUACCCACAGUGAAGCUGCCAUUGAGGGACAAGGAUGCCGAGCUCCCGAGUACAAGAACUACAGGAUCGUCUUCAUCGUUUUCGGCGUUCUGAUGACAAUGGCGUUAAUCGUGGCCACCCAGUUCCGAUUUCAUUACGUGCACUUCAAGCAAGAUGAAAAUAAGGGGAAAGAAGUAGAAAUCUCGCAAGUGGACAGAAACACCUCCGAGUCCUCUGAUAACACCCCCACGAGUGUGAGCCAGUCGCAGUCUUUCAGCUUUUGGGAUCUGAUAAAGCUGCUGUGCAGCAUCCAGUACAGCUCUGUGCUCUUUGUGGCUUGGUUCAUGGGGUUUGGAUAUGGCUUUGUGUUCACCUUCCUCUACUGGCAUCUGGAAGACCUGAAUGGCACGACCACUCUCUUUGGAGUGUGUUCUGUGCUCAGCCACGUGUCUGAGCUCACUGCCUACUUCUUCAGCCACAAGCUGAUUGAACUGGUUGGUCACAUCAGAGUGCUCUAUAUUGGCCUGGCCUGUAAUACAGCUCGCUACAUUUACAUCUCAUAUCUGGAAAAUGCCUGGACUGUUCUCCCUAUGGAAGUACUUCAAGGUGUGACCCAUGCAGCCAUUUGGGCCGCCUGCAUUUCGUACCUGAGCGCGGCGGUGCCGCCGGAGCUGCGCACGUCGGCGCAGGGCAUCCUGCAGGGCCUGCACCUGGGCCUGGGCAGGGGCUGCGGGGCCAUGAUCGGAGGCGUGCUCGUCAACUACUUCGGUCCUGCUGCGACAUUCAGGGGAAUAGGAAUGGCUUGUUUAGUGAUUCUUCUUCUGUUUGCACUGAUCCAGUGGCUGUUGGUUCCUGAUGAAGAAGAAGAAAAGACGAUGCUGGCUGAGAGGAUCCCAGUGCCUUCCAGUCCUGUCCCGAUAGCGACUAUCGACCUUGUCCAGCAGCACUCGGAGGAUACCAUGGCUCGGGCUGAGCCCAGGCUCCCGCUGAAGAAAACCAAGCACCAGGAAGAGCAGGAGGAUGUGAGCAAGCCUGCCUGGGGCAUCAGCUCUUCUCCCUGGGUCACCUUAGCUUAUGCCAUCUAUCAGAUCAAAGAGAUGGUUAAGCUCUCCAAAACCAAUCCAGGUCCUGAGAACCAGCCUUUGCAGAGAACCAGUGAGACUCGCGGUGCUUCUCCAGGCGGCUCCCCAGGACAAGCCCAAAAUGCGGCGGAUCCCGGGCAGUCCAGCUCAGCGCCAGCACCACCGUCGGACUCGCACGCGGGAGGCGGCUGCGUCGGGCCAGACUGCGCCGCUGGGCCUGCCGCCGCCGCGGCGCCCUGAGCGCCGCGCCUCACGCAUCAGUGCAUGGAAUCGUGCUUCUCGCCUGGGAAACGCUGGAGUUAGAGCCCCAAAGUAGCACCUCCUUCAUCCUAAUGAUCAUCACGUGACGCGGAGCAGCUUUUAGCUAUGUAAGGACAUUCACACGGCUACACGGAGCAACGCGAGCAGGCAAGCCAGAAGUUGGAGAGACUUGAGGGACGUGAUGCAAUGAGAUCUGUCUGGAAGAAGAAUUCUUGGCUGCCUUGCUAAAGUUUAGAUCUUUGCAGUGUGCAGAAAAGGGGCGUUCACAUCGCUCUGUGAAGUCGGUCACAAAGUGUCUGACUUGGUCAUCCUAUUUUUUUUUUUUUCUUUAAUUUGUUCCUAGCACAAGGAGGCUUUUGAGGAGAGAAACUGAGUUUCCCUGCAUAGUCUACUAGAAAAUAAUACCCAGUAAAUACAGGGACAGCCUGAAACUGUCCAUGUAAAGAUUUCUCGGAAACAGAAGAGCUUUAGCUUCAGCCUAUCUUCAGAUUGUGGUGACGGAGCCUGUGCUUUGGAGGAAGUAUUGCUGUGUGUGAGACCCGGGGUAGGCUGCCAAGCAGAGAUGCUGAACUGGCGCAGCGGGGAGUCAUGGAGAGCCGGAGGGUGCAGGACGGGUUGGGAGAAGGCAACCUCUCCACUGGGGCUUGCGUUUGUGUGGGGGGCACUUCAGGCUGGGAGUUGCAUCAAGACAAUAAUCUGAUCAAGACUGCACAAGCGGAGGCUGAUCAAGGUUUUCAAUGGACACACUGGCUUUACUUGCUAUUUAAUCAUCUAUACAAGGGUUUAUUUAAUGAAGUGUUGUUACUAUGGGUAUUUAUUGAGAAAACCAUGAGCUUUAAGUGCCUGGAGAAGGUGGGAGGGCAGGGAUGAGUUACCUAUAAAUUGUAAUGUUUAGGAUUUGGGGGGGGAUUGUCGAUGCAAAAGUCAAGGUGAGAGAUUCUCAGGAGGAAGGAAGCAUAGCUCAGUAGCAGUGUUUCUGGAAAACUGUUUUGCCCGACAUCAAGACACGGGAAGACUUUUGAAUUCCAUUUUGUCAUGCUUUUGAAUAUUUCCUGUGGCAGCUGAGCUGCCGAUGCGCAGUGUAAGUGGCUGCAGAAAGGAAAGUCCUUGGGCUGGAGGAGGGCGCGUGCGGGCUUGUGGUGCCCUGCUCAUGUGAAGAGCUGAGCGCUCCGCUCUUCCGGGACUGCUUAAGCCUGGCUUAGCCCUCCUGGUGGGGCACACGGGAACGGCCUUCCCCUUGGCAAGGGGCUGCUCUUGGGCUGCACAGCGCGGGUGGCUCGGGAGCACGGGGAAGGGAUCCGCAGCUCGGAAGGAAAAGAGGGGCAGGGUUGACCCAGUGGGGAAUCCAGCUGACCUGAGCGCAAAGAGUCUCCCGUAGCUCCGCUUCAGCUGUGCGUUUGUAGGAGUCAUGUUCUGGUGCCGGGGACCAACGCUGUAGAAAAUAAGAUGAAACAUCGGUAACUAGCCACUAGUUGUUUUUUUUCUUUUUGCACUUGAACUUAAAUGUACUGUACUCACGUAAAUCCUCAUGACUUGUUUAAGUGUCCUUUAAAAGCAGAAAUGUAUUUAUUGUAUGUUUAUAUAGCCUGGGGAGAAGUAGAAAAGGGAAGAGGUGAGAGGACAGAAGGAUGCUGAGAAUCAUCAGCCGAGCACUUGCAGAGUUGGUGCUGGGUGGUGUUACUAGAGCUUCUGCUGCAGGCAGGUGAAGAGCUUGUACCCUGUGUUUACACUUCAGAGUCGCUUAUUUGAAAUGCCUGCUUCUUUUGGGAAUGUACCAUCAUUCUGUGUUGCAAAGUGGACAUGUGUACCUGGGUUUUGAUA